UAAUGUGUUUAAAUGACAUUGGACUGAAACGGGCGUUUCCCAAUGCGAAACGUCUUUGAGCGGUUACGUUUCUGGUAACGAAGGAGAGAUGGGCAACACGUCAAGUAUGCUUACUCAGUAUGACAUUGAGGAGGUCCAAGAGCACUGCAGUAGCAUGUUUUCACAGCAAGAAAUAGUUUCCCUCUAUGAACGCUUUUGUGCACUAGAUCGAAAUGGGACAGGUUUUAUAUCAGCAGACGAGUUUUUAUCUGUGCCAGAGUUUGCAGUGAAUCCGCUUUCUAAGAGGUUGUUGAGAAUGCUUGAUGGCUUAAACUUCAAAGAUUUUAUAGCCUUCUUGUCACCUUUUAGCUCGAAAGCUAAUCUGCUUCAAAAAAUUGAAUUCAUCUACAAGGUUUAUGAUUCAGACGGCAAUGGAAAAGUGACACUUUGUGAUUUACUAGAAGUUUUGCAGGACUUGACUGGCUCUUUUAUUUCUGAAGAGCAGCGUCAGCAAGUUGUGGGUCAAGUUUUGGAGGAAGCAGGGUAUUCAAAAGAUUGCACUUUGACGAUAGAUGAUUUUGUGAAGGUCUGCUUGUAUAAAUUGCUGCCCUUCCUGCUGGAAGUUGACUUUACAAUAGGUCUGAUUUUGAAAGCAAUAGAUUCUUGGAAAGUGUGGAAUGAAGAUGGAAGUUGAAGUCCCGGUAGAUUGAAGCUCUUUACUAGAUUUCUGCAAAUGUCUGGAAUGAAGAUGGAAGUUGAAGUCCCAGUAGAUAUUCAGCUUUUUACUACAUUUCUGUAUACAUGAUUCAUUCUCAGCAUAUAUUAGAAUUCUUUUUUUUUUGACAGCUAAACUUUGGCGUUUCUGGAAAAAAAAUUCAAGCAGUUUUCAACACAGCUUUGAUAUAUGUCCAUAUUAAAGCUUCUCUUACCACACUAAGAUAUUUCUUUCGGAGUUUGUUUUAGAUUUAGGAUAUGAAGUUUCAACUUUAGAUAUUAGAUUUAGAUGGAAGGAAUUUCUUUGAGUGAAUAUUUGAUUGGAGAUGAAUAGAGUAUGGUUUUGGAGAAAUUUUUCUAUCAAGACUUAGAAAAAGAAAAAACUUAAACUUGAAGAUUUCUGAAGAUUUCAAAACAUGAGAAGGAGCUUGGUUCAACAAAGAAAUGAAUGCAAUUUCAAGUAAGAUUACUUAA